GAAACCAAGACUUGGCUGUAGUUCCCUCUCCUUAUGCCAUGUCUGGAGCUCAUCACCCAGGGCCAUGUGCAGAGACACAGGCACUGCCAUGGAGCUCUGGCCCUUCAGAAGCAGCAACGCUGAGGGGCUGAAUCUCCUGCAAAACUAUAAAAUGCCAGAAUUUGCAUUUGUGCUUGGCAUAGAUUUUAAAUGCCUGCAGCCCAGCUCCUCCUGAGAGGCAGUGCUGUGCUGGAGCACAUCUGAAAAUCUAAGAGCAGCCAGAACCUUCCUACACCAUUUCCCUUCUCUAUUCCUUGUCAGUGGUUUGCUUUGUCUUUUGCUGUUGGUGUUCACUUGGUUUCUUUCUUUUUAAUGAGCAACUUUGAACCCUCCACCAGCUGAGCAGGUCCCUGGGUCCUGGCAGACCUGUCCCACUCCAUAGCCAGGACCUGCAGCUGCCCCACAGCCCGUUCUCUGGCUCAGGUCUCAGUGCCAACCUUUCCUCCUGGGUCACCCGUGCUACACAUUUAAUUUACAUUACACAGGAGCUGUAACAACCAGCUGGAACAUCAGCCACAUCAAAGGCAGUACUCACCUACCACACUGAUCCUGGAACUGGAGGUGAUGCCAAGGAUUGCCAAGGAAUUACAGACUCCUGAAUGGAGGCUUUGUAACCCCAAACUACUCCAAGCUGCUGGACCAACCCCUCUGAGGCUCCGUGGGCCCUUGGGAUUUGCUAGGCGCAAUACACCCAGCAGCUAGGCUGGCUGAAGCUCCCAUCCCACCCCUCCAUGUGCCCAGGAGGCCUGGGGAAAAGGCAAGGGGUGCUCCUCAACCUGUCUGAGCAGCAGAAAUUUUGGGCAGAGAGAUACUCUUCACGUCCCAGCAGGCUGGGGAAGGAGUGAGGUGGCCCAUGCAGCAUCCUCGGGGGACAGACCCCGCUCAGGGGCGAGGGAAGGGUUCCUCUUGGGGAGCUGCAGCCCUGGUGCCAUGGGGACCGAGCGUGUCCCAGCAGGAUUGUGCAAACUCCCAGCUCCGGGAGCCGAACUCCCUCCGUAUCUCGGCGCUGCACUUUGCACCCCGGCUGCCGUGACCUCACGCCGGCUCCCGGGGCAGCGUUUAAAGUCCAGGCAGAGCGGAGCCACUGCCUCCUACCCACAGCAGCACAUCCCGCUGCUGCUGCCCCUCUGCCUGCCCGGGGCUGGCACCGCAGCGCAGCAUGCGGCUGCUGCUGGGGGCAGCGCUCCUGUGCCUCACCCUGCGCCCGGGGCAGGGCUCCGAGGAGGCAGCACCGCACAGCCCCGGCCAGCAGGACUCCCAGGCACAGUCAUCCUUUUCCGACUGGGGCAUCGACACCAUCCGGGAUGGCUUUGAAACGGUGAACAGCUACUUCGACUCCUUCUUGGAACUGCUUGGGGGGAAAAAUGGAGUCUGUCAGUACCGCUGUCGAUAUGGGAAGGCUCCCAUGCCACGGCCUCACUACAAACCCCAAGAACCCAACGGCUGUAGCUCCCAUUUUCUGGGGCUCAAGGUACCCGAAAGUCUAGACUUGGGCAUCCCUGCCAUGACCAAGUGCUGCAACCAGCUGGACAUUUGUUAUGACACCUGUGGGGCCAACAAGUACCGCUGUGACGCCAAGUUCCGCUGGUGCCUCCACUCCAUCUGCUCCGACCUGAAGCGCAGCCUGGGCUUCGUCUCCAAGGUGCAAGCCUGUGAAUCCAUGGCAGACACGGUGUUCAACGCCGUGUGGACCCUGGGCUGCCGGCCCUUCAUGAACAGCCAGAGGAGCGCCUGCAUUUGCAGCGAGGAAGAGCGCGACGAGCUGUGAGCCAGAGCAGCCACCCAGUGCCCCUCUGCAGCACAGUGACUCCUGCCAGCCCUCGGGAUGGGCACCCACGGCAGCCUGGGGCACGGCAGAGCCAGCCCACGGACAGAGGGCAGCCGUGCCUGCUGCCCGCCGCAGAUGCAGCUCCACACCCCCACAGGAUCCCAGGCCAGUUCUCUCCAAGGCAAGCAGGACGCAGAGCUGCUUAUAAACACAAGACUUACCUUAAAUACGUACUAUUACCUCCCCCCACCCUGUAACUCCCUAAUUUGCAGUGCAAGGCAUUAGGUUUCUGCAAGCCCUGUGAAAUUCCCAGUCCAUGGAUAUGCUAUGUACAUUUUUGCACUGCUGGUGACAGACUGAAGAGGGGUAAUUUGCUUUCAGUACAUUGCUCACACCCAUCUCUUGACACUUUCCAUCUUGUCAUUACACACCCUGACAACCCUGCAUAUUUAAAUACUUGGUGGAUCCUAAACUGAUUUAAGACAUCUGGAGAUUUCUUAAGCAUGAGUUAAGCGGAAGGGCUUGAGGUGUUUGUGGUACACAAUUGAUAUUCAGGACCAAAGCCCACCGUUUAUCAGAUGUGAAAUCACAGCCCUCUCCCCCAGUCUCAGGAGAGGAAGCCACUUUUCUUUGCCAGUGUCAUCCACUGGCAUCUAUUUAAUUACUUUUCUCCUACAGCAUUUAACAAAGCUUUGCCCUCAGGAUCCCUUUUUACACAAAAUGGCUGGGUAUCCACCUCCGUCUCUUGCACAAGCGAAACAGGAGGCUCACAGUGGCCUUGGAUGAGAAAUUCUGGAGCCUUAUCUGUCAGAUGACAGGACUUAUGUGCUACCUCUGUGGGGCUGCUAUCAGCAGCCUCAGACACCAUUCCUUCUAAAACUGGUUAAUACUCCCAUCUGUUAUGGAGAGCUUUUGUUGUGUGCAAAACCAGAAUUUAAAGUGGUGCAUGGCAUUUUGCCUCCACAGAACACUGGCAGACAGCUUUCAGCUGGGUUUCUUGUUGGAAGGAUGUUGCUACUGGGUGUGUGCGUGCCGUGCCACGUAAAUAUUUCAGCAGCUCCUGCAAACAUAUUUAUGGUUAUGUUCUUCCAUCUGCCACGGAGAAGUUAAGGCUGCAAAAGGGUGAUUUAACAAGAGUGGAAAGAGUCUGCCUUGGUUGCUUUUCUUCCAGUUUAAAUGGGUUUAAAAUGUAUGCAUGGAACUAUAAAUUAUUUAAACCCUGUAUUCCUAUUCCUGCCAGUCAUCCUUGCCUUACAGUGAACAGCAAUGAGACAUUCAGCUGGCCCCAAGUGGGCUGGAACAACAAGAGCCCCCUGGUAUCCAGACCAGGAAAAUGGAAGUGACUGCAUGAGGUGUACUGGGAUGUUUCCUAUCACAGAGGACUUCAACACUGCUGGGCUAAUGCCACUGGAGAGGGAAUUCUGCAUUCCGAGAUUCCCUGCUCUGUCAGAGCACGAGGCUGGACACACAACCUUGAUUAUCCAGCUAAGAAACAUCUAGUUUUGGCUAGGGAUGGGAAGGAAACAUUCCUCAUUCCAGACACUGCCCAAACUUUGUAUUCUGUUGGUGAAAUAGUGCUUGUGGCCAGUUGAAAUGUGAAUCCCCUCCUAUGAUUAAAUGACAAAAAAGAAGUUAAAACAGCUAUAUUGUCUACAUUCAACAGCCGACUGCAUGGCAAAUAUCUUAAAUUAUCUUAGAGUUCAAGUGAUAUCAGACUAAAGCCAAGCAACUGCUGGCAGGUGAUGACAUACACUGGAGAAAUCAAAGGGUUCUGAACAAAAUCUCUGUACCCAGACACUGAUGGUGCUGGAGACAUUGCUAAGAUAAAUCAUCAUUUCUCCCUGCUUUCAGACCACCAUUCAUCCCAAAACCCUAGAGACCACCCCAAGCAGGCCAGCUACUGAAUAAAUUCAUUUCUCAUUGUGGUAAUGUGAAAAACCCCCUAGCAGCUCUACAAGGAAAUAUCUGAACCUUCAAGUGGUGGCAGUGACUCCAGCAAAUAAUCCUGUGUAGGAGCAAACCAGCACAUGAAACCCAGUAAAACUGCAACCAAACUAAAAUCUGCUUCCCCUCCGUGCCACUCCUGCUAUCCAGUGAUGUACAGCCACGGAAGCAGCUGAUCACAGGAUUCUCCAGGUUGCUGCAUGAACCUUGGGUCAUCUUCAAUUCCACCCUGCUCUGGACACAAAGACACCACUUUGCUCAUCCCAUGGCUUCCUCUUGAUUUUGUGCAUCGGCAGGAUUGUUUUCAGCUGCAGAGUGGAAAAGCUGCUCCACAUGAAUUCGUCAGGAAGAACCAAAUAAUCUGCACAAUAACUGACAUAAACCAGGAAAGGAACUUCUCCCUCCAUUCUCCCCUGACAUCCCUUCCAUAUAAACAAACAAGAGCAGUUGAUUCUGUAGAAGGCACCAGAUAAUUAAUUUCAUUUCCCAGCUCUUGUUUUAUCCAAACAAAUAUAUUUAGUGGAGGCUGCCUGAACAAAGAAGUGACAGUGGGAAACUGCCCCUGUGGUCCUACUGCAGAUGUGAAUCAGCAGAACAGCAAUCCUAGGAGAAACCUUUUUCCUUUCUUUUUCUUUCACAUAUGGUUGGAUAACACACGAAAAGUGUCUUUCCAUUUAUACGUACUUAUCAUCAUAGAAAUAUUUUUGUUUACUGUAACACACACACACACACUUAUUUCCAAGAUUAGAAAAGCAGCCAUGAAGCUAUUUAGAAAAAUCAUUAAACUCUCAGCCAUUAAAUGUUCAUUCCGCAAUGGAAUCUCACUUGCCAGAACAAAUAAAUCUGUGAAAUAGGUUGAAA